CGCCGGGGGCGCGGGAGGGGCUGAGGAGCCGCGCGGGCAGCCGGGAGCCGGGUUCGCUUGGUGUCGCCGCUGCCGCCCCGCGCCCAGUCCCGGUGCCUGACAGGCGGCAGAUACGAGCUCAAACACCAUGAGUACAUGACUUCAAAAAUGGACAACUGGAUCUGCAAUAAAUUGUGAUUGGCCUUAAACUGACUUUCAACCACAGAAAAGCCUCACAGGAUCUCUCCUUUCUGCUUUAUAUAGUCACCUCACACCACCUGUCCAGCCAUGUAUGGAAGCGCUCGGUCAGUUGGUAAGGUUGAACCAAGCAACCAGAGUCCAGGGCGUUCGCCAAGGUUGCCACGAUCACCACGCCUGGGUCAUCGUCGAACCAACAGCACUGGUGGGAGCUCUGGAAGCAGUACUGGAGGUGGCAGUGGGAAGACACUUUCCAUGGAAAAUAUUCAAUCCUUAAAUGCUGCCUAUGCCACAUCUGGCCCUAUGUAUCUCAGUGACCAUGAGAACGUGGGUGCAGACACCCCUAAAAGUACCAUGACUCUUGGUCGAUCUGGCGGACGGCUGCCUUAUGGUGUGAGAAUGACUGCAAUGGGUAGCAGCCCUAACAUUGCCAGUAGUGGUGUUGCCAGUGAUACUAUUGCAUUUGGAGAGCAUCACCUUCCUCCAGUGAGCAUGGCAUCCACUGUGCCUCACUCGCUGCGCCAGGCCAGGGAUAAUACUAUAAUGGAUCUGCAGACACAGCUCAAAGAGGUAUUGCGGGAAAAUGAUCUGCUGCGCAAGGAUGUGGAGGUGAAAGAAAGCAAGCUGAGCUCCUCCAUGAACAGCAUCAAGACCUUCUGGAGUCCUGAGCUAAAGAAGGAAAGAGCACUAAGAAAAGAUGAAGCUUCUAAAAUCACUAUUUGGAAGGAGCAGUAUAGAGUUUUACAAGAUGAAAACCAGCAUAUGCAGAUGACUAUCCAGGCUCUCCAGGAUGAGCUUCGGAUCCAGCGGGACCUGAACCAGCUUUUCCAGCAAGACAGCAGCAGUAGAACCAGUGAACCCUUUGUGGCAGAGCUAACAGAGGAGAACUUCCAACGGCUCCAUGCAGAGCAUGAACGCCAGGCCAAGGAACUUUUCCUGCUGCGCAAAACAUUAGAAGAGAUGGAGUUGCGCAUUGAGACUCAGAAGCAGACCUUAAAUGCUCGUGAUGAGUCUAUCAAAAAGCUGCUGGAGAUGUUGCAGAGUAAAGGGCUGUCGGCAAAAGCCACAGAGGAGGAUCAUGAGCGGACAAGACGGCUGGCUGAGGCAGAGAUGCAUGUCCAUCAUUUGGAGAGCCUGCUGGAACAGAAGGAGAAAGAAAACAACAUGCUGAGGGAGGAGAUACAUCGUCGGUUUGAAAAUGCUCCUGACUCUGCCAAGACAAAAGCUCUGCAAACUGUUAUUGAGAUGAAGGACUCAAAAAUCUCCUCCAUGGAGCGAGGUCUCCGGGAUUUGGAAGAGGAGAUCCAGAUGCUGAAGUCAAAUGGAGCUGUGAGCACGGAGGAGCGGGAGGAGGAAAUGAAGCAAAUGGAGGUGUAUCGUAGUCAUUCCAAAUUCAUGAAAAAUAAGGUAGAUCAACUGAAGGAAGAGCUAAGUGCCAAAGAGGCUCAAGGGGAGGAGCUGAAAAAGAUAGCGGCUGGUCCCCAAGCUGAGAUUGGUCAGGUGAAACAGGAGCUGUCACGUAAGGACACAGAGCUGCUGGCUUUACAGACGAAGCUGGAGACCCUCACAAACCAAUUCUCUGACAGCAAACAACAUAUUGAGGUGCUGAAAGAGUCUCUUACAGCAAAAGAGCAGAGAGCAGCCAUCUUGCAGACAGAGGUGGAUGCACUCCGGUUACGUCUGGAGGAAAAGGAGACCAUGCUGAAUAAGAAGACAAAGCAGAUUCAGGAGAUAGCUGAGGAGAAAGGCACUCAAGCAGGAGAAAUUCAUGAUCUCAAGGAUAUGCUGGAUGUGAAAGAACGCAAGGUCAAUGUUCUUCAGAAGAAGAUUGAAAAUCUCCAGGAACAGUUAAGAGACAAGGAGAAACAAAUGAGCAGUUUGAAGGAUCGAGUAAAAUCCCUGCAGGCUGACACCACCAACACUGACACUGCCUUGACUACACUGGAAGAAGCACUUGCAGAGAAAGAGCGGACUAUUGAGCGCCUGAAAGAGCAACGGGACCGGGAUGAGCGAGAAAAACAGGAGGAGAUCGACAACUUCAAGAAAGAUAUUAAGGACCUAAAAGAAAAAGUCAGCCUCUUGCAAGGAGAUCUCUCGGAGAAAGAGGCUUCUCUGCUGGAUCUGAAGGAACAUGCUUCAUCCUUGGCUUCCUCAGGUCUGAAGAAAGACUCCAGACUCAAAACAUUAGAAAUUGCACUGGAGCAGAAAAAAGAGGAAUGUUUGAAAAUGGAAACUCAGCUGAAGAAGGCUCAUGAGGCAACACUGGAGGCUAGAGCCAGCCCAGAACUGAAUGAGCGAUUCCAGCAGUUGGAGAAGGAGGUAGCCCGGUACCGGGAAGAAUCCAGCAAAGCUCAAGCUGAAGUAGAUCGCCUUCUGGAAAUACUGAAGGAGAUGGAAAAUGAGAAGAAUGAUAAAGAUAAGAAGAUAGCAGAAUUGGAGAGGCAAGUCAAAGACCAAAAUAAGAAAGUAGCAAACCUGAAACACAAAGAACAAGUAGAGAAAAAGAAGAGUGCACAGAUGUUAGAAGAGGCUAGGCGGAGGGAGGACAAUCUCAAUGACAGUUCCCAACAACUUCAGGACAACCUACGUAAGAAGGAUGAUCGGAUUGAAGAACUGGAAGAGGCACUCAGAGAAAGUGUGCAAAUAACUGCAGAACGGGAAAUGGUGCUAGCACAAGAGGAGUCAGCCAGGAUCAAUGCUGAGAAACAGGUAGAGGAAUUGAUGAUGGCUAUGGAGAAGGUUAAGCAAGAGCUGGAGUCUAUGAAAGCAAAACUUUCUUCUACUCAGCAGUCUUUGGCUGAGAAGGAAACCCAUUUGACCAACCUGCGAGCAGAAAGGAGGAAACAUUUGGAGGAAGUCCUGGAGAUGAAACAAGAAGCCCUUCUUGCUGCCAUCAGUGAAAAAGAUGCCAAUAUUGCUCUGCUGGAGCUUUCAUCCUCUAAGAAGAAAACUCAAGAUGAAGUGGCUGCACUGAAACGGGAGAAGGACCGCUUGGUACAGCAGCUCAAGCAGCAGACUCAGAAUCGCAUGAAGCUGAUGGCAGAUAACUAUGAGGAUGACCACUUCAAAUCCUCAUCCCAUUCCAAUCAAACCAACCACAAGCCCUCCCCUGACCAGAUAAUUCAACCCCUCUUAGAACUUGACCAGAAUCGCAGUAAAUUGAAGUUAUACAUUGGACACCUGACAGCCCUCUGCCAUGACCGUGACCCCAUGAUUCUGCGUGGACUCACCCCACCUGCUUCCUACCACCUGGAUGAUGACCGGGCAGCUUGGGAGAAGGAACUGCAGACGAUGACUCAAGAACAGCUUCAUGAUGAAUUAGAAAAGGGCGAGAGGGACAACGCAGAGCUGCAGGAAUUUGCUAAUGCCAUCUUACAACAGAUAGCUGAUCACUGCCCUGACAUCCUGGAGCAAGUCGUCAAUGCACUUGAGGAGUCGUCAUGACCUCAGCCGCUAGCCCCACAGGAGCAACAGAGCCUGUGGCCAAGCUCAGUGAGUCCAAGGAGUCAUGUGAAAGGAAAGGAGUGUGAGAGAGACAAUGGAAUAGGAACUUUUGGUGCACCUUUUACAAAGAAAAAACCUCUAUAAACUACAUGCUAUCUGGGUUCUUCCAGUCUAUGACUGCUGAAUCCAGUUUGCAUUCAUCUUCUCACUGCCUUUCUACUUUGGAAUCUGUUUCCCAGUUAACUUUCUUCUUGGUAUUGAGGCUUUUGGAUACAUCUAAGCAGAAAAUGUCUGAGUCCACUAAGCACAGAAGAGGGCAUCCACUGGACACAAGCAGUUCUUCGUGAGGUCAUGGAAGGGGGCAUUUGCCUUUUGUUCUUUUGUUGUUGCUGGUUUGUUUCUAUGAAAAUGUAAAACCUGAAUUUCUUAAUGCUAAAACAGAGCAUGCUCUAAUUAUGAGCUGCAGCUGGCCUGCAUCAGCUGACAAGCUCAGGAUUUGCUGCCUGUCUCUAAAUUUCUUAUGAAAAGGAGGGAAGUAUCACCAGGUAAAGAGAGAGCAAGUUUCUCUGUUUGGUCUUGCUGGUCAUUUCCAUCCAGCAGCUGUGGGGCAAGAGAGGCAUAUGGGUGCUUUUUUGUUGGUUAGUCUGUUUACUUAGCCUCACUUCUGUUAUUUCUGAACUGGCUCUGAAGUGCCAAAUGUGGCUUAUUUUCAGGUUGUUUUCUUUAGCUCUUGGGGUCUUAGUUAUGUUUUUGCACCAUCAUGUACCUCGCCUCUGCCACUUGCUUCUUGUUUUCAGAGAGUUCCCUUCUAUCAAGCAGGUCAGCCUCCAAACAUAGUGUGUGUACCUUACCCAUUGCUAAUGUUUCAGGCAGUGGUUUUGUGAGCUCUAAUUGCAAGCAGAGUAGUUCUAGCAUUAUCUACAUAAGAAAGCUGCACCAGUUUGAGUAAAGAGGUGAUUUUUAAAUCAGUUAAGAUAAAUGGGUAGAAUUGGCUAUAUGGACACUCUUGCUUUAAUAUAAAUGAAUUUCCUUUUGAUUUUUCUUAAUUUUAUUAAGCAUCAGUUUAAAGUGAAUGGAAGUAAGCCAUUCUUAAACUGAACUAAGAAAAUUUACUUUGGGGUUUGCAUCCAUUUAAAUGAACUAGUUUACAGUCACACUUUUUUAAUUAAACCACUGCAACUGUAUUACCAUCCAUCUUUUGCCUUUGCCAUCCUCAUGAUAGCCAAUACUGGCAAGUGAUAUAACCCCUAAUAAGUGAUCUGCUUGUUAUUGCCUUAGUAAAUUAGAAUCUAUUCCAGUGAUAAGGCUCCAAAGGUUCAUCCAUACCUUUUGGUCUUAGUGUGAAGACAUGAUUUUGCUCUGGGUGCUAUUUGUGUCUUCAGUGUGCUUCUGUUGAUACCCACAAGACUGAAUUCUUUGGCAUCACCCUACAAGAUCACUAAAGGAAUUAUUCUCUAUUGAACUUUUGGCUCUCUAACACUUCAUGUUAAGAAAAUAGACUUUUUCUCUUUUGUUACAUUAAGAAAAAAGGGUACAUUAAACAUUAAUGCAAUAGUGCGGAGAUUGCGGGCUCUUCAACUGCUUUUCCAUCAGGAUUGUUUCAAUGGUGAAUGCCCUGCCUACUGAUGCAGCAAGCUGCUCUAGCACCAACUGAUCUUUCAGAACCUAGAAAUAUCAGAUGUUAAGUAUCAAAAUCCAAACUUUUGGAGCAGGCUCUCCCCAUUCAGAACCCACACUACAACUCCUGUAACCCAACACUGAGCUUAUAUCACUGCCACUUAUGCUGCCCAAAUCCUACAGUGCCUUUAGGUUUACUGUCUAUUUCCUUGUCUUUCACACCUGCAGCACAGCUCCUCUGCCUUUCUUCUACCCAUUGUUCCAUCUUUUGGGGGGACUGAUCCCUCUGCAACUGGCAAACAUUUGAGUGAGUCAACACUCACCCUUUGCUUAUCUGAAAAUUGCACUAAAAGUCCAGGCAAGAAAGGCAUAUCACUUGCAUUCCUUAAAAUGUAAUGAGCAGUUCAAAAUAAAUCCUUUGCAAGUUUGUGAAAAGAUCCAGCAGGUCAUCCAUUGCCAGCAGCAAACCACAUCAGGGAAUUCAGUACUCUCUCAUUGGCAUAUACAGGGGAACAUUUUAAUCUGAGGCAUCCUUUAGAAGGGGGAACUGUGUCAACAACCUUGGUGUUAAUUGGUUUAGAAAAAAAAAGGUCUGCUUCUCAGUUUCCUAAUGGGAAGUUCAUAGCUUCCUGUCCUUGCUUUGCAAAUCAAGAAUUAUAGCUUUAGUUCUCACUGCAGUUAUUGCUUCUGUCUGAGCCUUUUCAUCAUCGAACAGGAAAAGAGUGGGAACCUGAAUGUUUGCGAGGGUGACUGUACCGGAAGGCAUAUAGACAGUGACUGUAUAUACCACUGAGCCAUGCCUCAUACCAGAACCAGCCCUUUGGCCCUAUUAUUUGAGUCAGCAUGUUUUGAUAGGAGCCGUAGUUUUGAAAUCUUUCUCUUGCUUUUUUUCUUCAUUGCCCCUAAUUAUUCACUGUAGGAAUUUAAUGCUGCCUGUAAAACCAUCAUAGCCAUCAGCCUAACAUCAUCCUACCACCACCAUUCCCUGACUGUCCCAUUAACUUAUAUGGUCAAAUCUCCAGCUACCCAUGUUCCCUGCUGUAAAACAAUCCCUUCUCUGUGAGAAGCUGUGGAAUUUCUCUUAUCGAUGCUUCAAAUGACUCCUGCUCAUAAACCUCUUACUGAGAUGCUCCUUGAUAGCACUUUGACUAUAGGGUAGGGGGAAGGGACAGGAGUGAGUGGUGGUCAUUUGUGGCUAUUACAGCAAUUCCAUGUUUAUUGCAUGGCCCGUAAAUCACAAGAAAGCUACAACUGUCGAUGCUGGGAUUUCUGGAACCUUUAACUUAGCUGCUGCCAUGUGGCUGUGCUUCUGGAGAAUAAAAUCACAUCUAUCUCAUGAAAGUGGGUGCAAGGCUUAUGUAUUGAAAACCAGUUAAGUCCCACUGUUUACACUCAGUGGUGCUCCCACCAUGUUCUUUGGAGAGAUUUGUGAAGGAGAGCCAAUUUUCACACUGCUCAUUAGGUCUUUAUCUUUGAGCCGCCCAGUUGCUAUUCUCUCCAGCUGGAUUGUUGUGCCCAUCUACAAUUUCUCCAAUUACCUAUUGUCAUCUUCAUGGGCACCUACAUCUACUACCUUAAACCUGGAUUCCCCAGUAAAGUGCUUUCAGGGAGAGAACAAGCCCUGAUCUGGGAACAGCUCUGAUCUGACUUGAUCUCUGGUAAACCAUUGCAGGUAAUCUCUAUGAUCCGGCUUGGAUAGAGGUCCUAUCAUGUUGAAUACCCAUGGGAAUGGUCUGAUUUAAGGAAAGGUGACUAACCAGGAUUUAAGGCUGACUAUGACCUAUCUUAACUUUUUUUUUCUUUUAUGGAGUGUCACACCACUGGCCUUAGGGUAACUUAGCUGACAUGCAGUCCAUCAUAAGGUAGCAUAUCACGUGCCUAACAGAAUGGGGUGCAUGUGUGUGUGGUAUUUGUGUUCACCCUGGUAGCUCUUUUAACUUGAUACCUCCCUGUUCUGCUUCCAGGGAGAUCAAGCCACAGUGUCCAGUAAACACAGCUCCAGUACAAUGCCAUAGUAGGCCUGGCAAAUUCAUCUGCUCGUGGUGUUUCUCUGCCCUAGAAUCUAGUUUCCAAGAAUAACACAGAAUGUGUGAAGAGGGGUCCUGCAGGAUUUUGCUUAGUCUUGCCACAUUAACAGAGUUCAAUUUGCUGUGUUAUAAAGGCUUUGACUGCUUUCAAAUUCUUUUUUUUCCAGAUAUCAAAGUGCUCAUUUGUGAAGCAGCUGAAAGAUUCAUAGACAGGAAGAGCUCCCUAUAGUUAAUAUUACUUUAGGGUUUGAUAUAUAAGUGGAGCUCCCUGAAUUUUGGGCCUAGUGUACACCCUGACACUCACUCCACCUGUUCACAAUCCCCAAGAAUCCAGUUUCUUCUUUUCCUCUGCACCAAACCUCUUCUAAAAACACUAAUGAAAAAGGACAUGACAGCACUGGAAAUAUCCUGAGCAUAGUGACACUAUUUCUGAUUAGAGGAAGAGCUGACUGAAGUCCAUCCCAGGUAAAACUCUAAGCUUCUGGUAUUGUCUCUUACAUUGGUGAGAUCUCCAUCUAUAAAAUGCCAAACCCUCCUUGGAAGAACCAUGCUUCAGCCAAGCCCAGGAGGGUGGUGGGUGAUGAUCAUGUGAUACAGAAGUGUCUAUGUGCUGUUUCCAGUUGUACUACUGGACUAAUGUCUGCUCUAAAACAUUUUUUGGUACUUGGUGUCUCUCUAAGUAUUAUGCACAAGAGCGUGCUAAUGUUAUAGGUCCCACCUGCCAACACACAAAUGUCUACCCAUAUACGCCCCCCCCACCCCACCCCCACCAAUAUCCACCCUGCUUUCUGAACCCAGUGGUAUAUUUUUACUUGCCUGUAGUGCUCCCACCCAUAGCUGCUGCUAAUGUUUACUGUGUUGCAAAUUUUUUGUUUCUGCUAAAGGGUUAAUGAAGCAGGGUUCCCACUCCCAUACCCCAUCGUCAAUUAUUGCCAGAAAGGGUUCUUUACAAAGGGUGGUGAAUAUAUGCUGAUUCUGAUAUAAAGCAGAAGUUCCAUUACAUUACCAGUGUACCUAUUCCACAAUGACUUCGAUGAAAUAAAAAGGAAAACAGUACAAUCAAGGUGUCUGGGGUUAAAAGAAACCCCUACUCAGCUGAGCAUCUGCACUGAACCAGAAAGCAAGAGAGAUGGGAAACUGAAGGUUGUGGAUAAAUAACACUGCCCCAGUGAAGCCAGUGGGGUGAAAGGGUCAGGCACAGGGCAUGCUUGGACUGCCACAACUGACAAGAUAAGCUUUCUGCCAAUCACUUGCUCUUGUCAAUGUCUUAGAAAAUCCAAGUGUUGUUUUUUAAAACAACAUUUUAAAUUGUUUUUUCCACCUAAGCAGAAGAAGCCCUACGCUACAACAAAUCUUUCUGAACAAAAUGGCUGUGUCCGCUGACUAUUUUUAAAAAAAAAUAAAAGAAAGAAAGAAAAGAAAAACUGUUUUGAAACUUUUUAGUGUCAAAAGCAUAAACACAAGAAUCCUGACUUUUUCCAGUGGGUGUGGUGAGUGAUGUAACCCUGUCAUCGGUAUUGUCCCUGACUUUUUCAGGGGUGAUUUUUUUCCUGUUUUGUUUUCUGCUUGUCGAUAUUGUCUGUGUGGUCCUAAGGCUGGGGCAGUUACCAACAAUAUGUGUCUGUCUGAUAGUAGUAGAAAUGAAAAAAGAUGUGUGUUAAAAAUAUAAAACUAAAUGUCAUCCAAAGGAAUUCAAGUUAGGCAGUAGCAAAGCACAGACUCCUCUUCCCAGGUUUGUGAGGAAAAGGAUUUGAAGGCUCCUGUUUAUCAUAAAUGGCCUUUAACAGACUAUUGAGGGCAGAAUAGUUUGGCCUGUUAGGAAAUGUUACUGGCCCUAUAUUGUAUGUUCUUUCUCUCCCUUGGUUCUGCAUUGUAUCUACUAGAUUCAGAAUAUAGAAAUGGGGAAGGCAAAAAAUUAUCUUAGAAACCAGUCUUUACUAGGAAUAGUUACUAGUGUUGAGUGUCCUGUAGACUAUCAAUUAUCGGUGCAAGUAGAAUUUUCAGACAUUGUCUCUUGAAUUGCACCUAUAAAUUGUGUAGGCAUGUGCAGAUGUAUAUGAGCUUUGUCAAUUAGCAGUUUACACAUGUGCAUGCUUACUUUGCAGGUGCCUGUUUUUAAAAAAAUGUAUUCCUUAAAGUCCAGCAUGUGUCGUGUUACAUUAAAGGACUUACAGCCCUUUGCUGCUAUAGUUCUGUGGGAGACUGGACCAUGUAAGAGACACUGUCAAUUUGAAACUGCAUGUAUAGCAAAAAACACAUUUCUUUUGUUAGUGAUGCUUAAAUUAUUUAAAAUUAAUAUGUUUUGUAAAAUCCAUCUUAUUUUUUACAAUGGCAUUUGUUUGCUUUUUGCACUUCUUCUAGUUUAGACAUUGAAAAUCAAGUCAAUGUCACCUUUUUCAGGUUCUCAGUGCUCUUUAUUUGCUCAAAACAAUUUUUUGACUUGGAAAUAAAAAUUAUAAAACCAUUUAUAUUAAUAUUAUGUACUUUUAGAUGUUGUAAAAACUUGGUUAUCUAGAAUCUAAAUUAUAAGCCAGACUUUUGUAGACACUAACCCUUUAACAGACUUUUCACCAGGCAGACAGCACUCCCAGGGCCAGGUCAUUCUCAGUGGUAGUGAAGUGUAAUGGCUCUUUUGCAUUUAAAUCCAUCAGCCUCAAUAGCUGCAAAGAGCACUGUUUUCUUUCUGGCCUGUACUCUAUGACAGACUUGAAGGCAAUUAAGUUUGGCUCUUAUUGAUGUACUUCUUAGUAGAUCCUGAGGAUGCUGUGUUGGUAAAAUAACACAGUUCUGAAGGAGGGUGAGUCAGAUGGAGCCAUAGACAGGGGAAUGAUUUCUGUGCUGAUCUAACAUGUUGCUCCACUAAAACAGUAUUGCUGUUUCCCUCUGAUUUGCUAAAUGAGGAGGGCUGCAUGCCAGAGCCUGUUGUACCAAAUAGUUCACGGAAGUAGCCUGGGGGACUGCCAUGAGGAGUAAAAAUGUGUGGGACAGUUGACACAUGACUGGGAUCCCUCAUUUGCUUUGGAAGAGACAUGUUGCACUUUAGUGGAGGAGGAGAUGAGCUUUGGGUAUAGUCUGCCAUACUUGAGUUCCUUUUGGAAACAGCAGCAGCAGGAGACAUUGAUGUCUGUGAUACAAGUGUGCACGCUGCCUUCAACUUGUGUGUGUUUUAUUGCUGGAGUCAUGUUACUGACUGGAUAAUGAAAUUGCAAAGAAAAUGUGUUAUAUUCAAUUUUGCCUUGAUAAUAUAAACACUUUGUUCAUUUUUUCUUCUUUUUUUAUUCACAAACUAAAUUCAUCAGGAAAUUAUAAAAUUAUUUAAAAACUC